CGGCCGGGAGCGAUGGCGGCGGCCAGCGCUGUGUGAGGCCGGCGGGAGCGGUCCGGCCGCGGCUCGGACCCCGCGUCCCCGCACCCCUUCCGCCGCUCCCGGCCCCGCGUGACGCCGCGGGCAGUCCCUGCCUGCCUGCGCCAUGAAGGCCGUACUUGGGGUCGCCGAGGAAACAGAGAAGCUGAAUAAGAUGAGCACCCUCUUAGAGAGACUUCAUGCAAAGUACAACCAAAACAGGCCUUGGACAGAAACCAUGAAGCUGGUCCGUCAAGUCAUGGAAAAGCGAGUUGUGAUGAACUCUGGGGGUCAUCAACAUCUGGUGAGCUGCUUGGAGACUCUGCAGAAGGCGUUAAAAGUAUCUUCUCUGCCUGCCAUGACAGAUCGCUUGGAGUCUAUAGCGAGGCAAAGUGGCCUUGGAUCUCACCUUAGUGCCAAUGGCACUGAAUGUUACAUCACUUCAGACAUGUUCUAUGUGGAAGUCCAGUUAGAUCCUACAGGGCUGCUGUGUGAUGUCAAGGUGGCUCACCACGGAGAGAACCCUGUGAGCUGUCCAGAAUUGGUGCAACAUCUGAGAGAGAAGAAUUUUGAUGAGUUUUCAAAGCAUCUGAGGGGGCUUGUGAACCUGUAUAAGUUGCCAGGAGACAACAAAUUUAAAACUAAGAUGUACUUGGCUCUGCAGUCCUUGGAGCUGGAUCUCUCAAAAAUGGCAGGGAUGUAUUGGCAAGCCACCAAUGCAAAUCCCCUCGACAAGAUUCUUCACGGCAGUGUUGGCUAUCUCACCCCCAGGAGCGGAGGUCUUCUGAUGAAUCUCAAGUAUUAUGUUUCACCCUAUGAUCUUUUUGAAGACGGCACUGGAGCCCCCGUUGUUCUACACGAGAACAAUGUUCCUCGGUCCUUGGGUAUGAACGUGUCGGUAACAGUUGAAGGAACCAUGACUAUGUACAAACUUCCGAUUGCGCCGCUGAUUAUGGGCUCUCAUCCAGUUGACAGCAAAGGAACUCCGUCUUUCUCAUCGAUCACCAGUGCCAACAGUGUGGACCUCCCAGCUUGUUUCUUCCUGAAAUUCCCACGUCCCAUUCCGGUGUCUCGAGCUUUCAUUCAGAAACUUCAGAGCUGCACAGGUAUCCCGUUGUUUGACACACCACCGACAUUUGUGCCCUUGUACGAGCUGAUCACCCAGUUUGAAUUAUCCAAGGAGGCUGAUCCGCUGCCUUUAAACCACAAUAUGCAUUUUUAUGCAGCUCUUCCAGGACAGCAGCACUGUUACUUUCUGAACAAAGAUGCUCCUCUCCCAGAUGGAAGAAGCCUUCAAGGAACUCUGAUCAGUAAAAUCGCCUUCCAGCACCCUGGGCGGGUUCCUCUCAUCCUCAACUUGAUCAGACAUCAGGUGGCGUACAACACGCUGAUCGGCAGCUGCGUCAAGCGAACGGUUUUAAAAGAGGAUUCUCCUGGGAUCCUGCAGUUUGAAGUUUGUCCCCUCUCUGACACCUGUUUCAGCGUGUCCUUCCAGCAUCCUGUGAACGACUCCUUGGUGUGUGUGGUAAUGGAUGUGCAAGACUCUACUCAUGUGAACUGUAAGCUGUACAAAGGGCUAUCCGAUGCUCUUAUCUGUACAGACGAUUUCAUUGCCAAAGUUGUUCAAAGGUGUAUGUCUAUUCCUGUCACUAUGAGAGCGAUCCGUAGGAAAGCAGAAACAAUCCAAGCAGACACACCAGCUUUGUCCCUCAUUGCGGAGACGGUAGAAGACAUGGUGAAGAAAAACCUUCCUCCCGCCAGCAGCCCUGGGUACGGGAUGACCACAGGCAGCAACCCCAUGAGCGGCACCACCACCCCGACAAACACGUUUCCUGGGGGGCCCAUCACCACUCUGUUUAACAUGAGCUUAAGCAUGAAGGAGAGGCACGAUUCAGUGGGCCACGGCGAGGACUUCAGCAAGGUCUCUCAGAACCCGAUCCUCACCAGUUUAUUGCAGAUCACGGGGAAUGUGGGCUCUGCCAUCGGCUCCAGUCCAACCCCUCCGCACCACACACCGCCACCGGUGUCCUCACCAGCAAGCAACACCAAGAACCACCCCAUGCUCAUGAACCUUCUCAAGGAGAAUCCCCCUCAGGAUUUCUCCACUCUGUAUGGGAGCAGCCCUCUGGAAAGGCAGAACUCUUCCUCUGGCUCCCCUCGAAUGGAAAUGGGCCCUGGGGGGAAUAAGCAGAAGAAAAAAAAAUCCCGCGUGCCAGCCGACAAACCCAAGCAUCAGACUGAGGAUGAUUUCCAAAGGGAGCUCUUUUCAAUGGAUGUGGACUCCCAGAAUCCCAUUUUUGAUGUGAACAUGACCGCAGAUACCCUGGACACCCCUCACAUUACUCCAGCACCCAGCCAGUGCAGCACUCCUCCCACGACGUACCCACAGCCUAUACCUCACUCACAGCCCAGUAUUCAGAGAAUGGUUCGCCUUUCCAGUUCGGACAGCAUUGGAGCCGACGUCACCGAUAUCCUGUCAGAUAUAGCAGAGGAGGCUUCCAAGCUGCCCACCACUAACGAGGACUGUCCACCUAUCGGUACUCCAGUCAGAGACUCUUCCAGUUCAGGACAUUCACAAAGUGCCCUCUUUGACCCAGAUGUUUUCCAGACAAACAGCAGUGAGAACCCAUACACAGACCCAGCGGAUCUGAUAGCAGAUGCUGCUGUGAGCCCCAACAGUGAUUCCUCUAACCAUUUCUUUCCAGACGGAGUAGAUUUCAAUCCCGAUUUGCUGAACAGUCAGAGUCAGAGCGGCUUUGGGGAGGAAUACUUUGAUGAGAGCAGUCAGAGCGGAGACACUGACGAUUUCAAGGGCUAUGCAUCCCAGGCUCUAACUACUUUGGGAGUGCAAGUCUUGGGGGCGGAGGGGGGGGAAAAUAAAUUUAAGGGGAGCGCUCAGUCUGACACGGUCGAUUUUAGUAUUAUUGCAGCUGCCAGCAAAGCACUGGGGUCGUCUGACAUCAUGGAGCAUCACAGCGGGGGUCAGAGCCCUCUGCUGAACACGGGGGAUUUGGGAAAAGAAAAGUCGCAGAAACGGGUAAAGGAAGGCAACGGUUCUGGAAGUAACAUAGCAGGUCCCGGAAUAGACGGGAAGCCAGGGAAGCGCAGCCGAACGCCGUCCAGUGAUGGUAAAAGUAAAGAGAAACUUCCAAAGCGGAAGAAGCAGGAGACAGAUGGGAAAUCUCCUUCUCACAGUUCAUCAACCAGGCCUUUCACGCCACCGGCAAGCACAGGUGGGUCCAAAUCUCCUGGGAGUUCAGGCAGAUCUCAGACUCCUCCGGGUGUAGCCACUCCUCCUAUCCCAAAAAUAACCAUUCAGAUCCCGAAAGGAACAGUGACUGUUGGCAAACCGUCUUCGCACGGCCAGUAUACCAGUAGCGGCUCUGUCACCUCCUCCAGCAGCAAAAGCCAUCAUAGCCAUUCUUCCUCCUCCUCCUCCUCUUCCUCCUCUUCAACCUCAGGCAAAAUUAAAAGCAGCAAAUCCGAAGGGUCGUCUGGCUCAAAGAUGAGCAGCAGCCUCUACUCGAGCCAAGGCGGCUCAAGUUCAGGUCAGUCCAAAAGCUCAGCUCAGUCGGUGGGAAAGCCUGGAUCCUCCCCCAUCACCAAACACGGCCUCAGCAGCGGUUCGGGAAGUACCAAGAUGAAACCUCAAGGAAAGCCAUCGUCACUUAUGAACCCUUCCAUGAGUAAACCAAACAUCUCUCCAUCUCAUUCUAGACCCUCAGGAGGUUCUGACAAGCUUGCUUCUCCCAUGAAACCUGUCCCAGGUACUCCCCCAUCAUCUAAAGCAAAGUCACCUAUCAGUUCAGGUUCCGGAGGCUCCCAUAUGUCUGGGACCGGAUCAAGCUCGAGUAUGAAAUCAUCUUCAGGAAUGGGAUCUUCUGGCUCUAUGUCACAGAAACCACCUCCUUCAUCAAAUUCUUCGACAACGUCUUCAUCAUCCUUUUCGUCUAGUGGAUCUUCCAUGUCUUCAUCUCAAAACCAGCAUGGAAGUUCCAAAGGCAAGUCUCCAAGCAGAAACAAGAAGCCAUCCCUGACUGCAGUCAUAGACAAACUUAAACAUGGGGUUGUCACUAGCGGGCCUGGUGGAGAUGACCCGAUGGAUGGACAGAUGGGGCCAAGUUCCAAUUCCUCAAGCCAUACUAUGUCCUCCAAACACAACAUGUCUGGAGGUGAGUUCCAGGGCAAACGUGAUAAGAGUGACAAAGAGAAAUCUAAAGUCUCUGUUUCUGGAGGGUCUGUUGACUCUUCCAAGAAGAACCCGGAUUCCAAAAAUGUCGGAAGCACUGGAGUGGCCAAAAUUAUCAUCAGCAAACAUGACGGUGGUUCCCCUAGCAUUAAAGCCAAAGUAACCUUGCAGAAGCCUGGGGAAGGAGGUGGGGAGAGCCUAAGGCCUCAGAUGGCUUCUUCUAAAAGCUACGGGUCCCCUCUAAUCAGUGGAUCCACUCCCAAACACGAACGCUGCUCCCCCAGCCACAGCAAGUCCCCAGCAUACACUCCCCAAAACAUAGACAGCGAGAGCGAGUCGGGCUCCUCCAUAGCAGAGAAAUCCUAUCAGAACAGCCCCAGCUCCGACGACGGCAUUAGGCCUUUGCCUGAAUACAGUGCAGAAAAACACAAAAAGCACAAAAAAGAGAAGAAAAAAGUGAAAGACAAAGACCGGGACAGAGAUCGGGAUCGGGAUAAAGACAGAGACAAGAAGAAAUCUCAUGGCAUGAAGCCAGAGAGUUGGUCCAAGUCCCCCAUUUCAGCGGACCAGUCUCUCUCCAUGACGAGCAGCGCCAUCCUCUCAGCUGAGCGGCCGUCCCGGGCCAGUCCUGAGUUUUUGAUCGGGGAAGAAGAUGAUGAUCUUAUGGAUGUUGCUUUAAUUGGCAAUUAAUUUUCUGAGUGGCUUUAAAAGGUGAGCUCUCUGGAGGACCUGUGGGUUCUGGGUAUCAAAAGAAAGGAACCAUUGCUUGCAAAACUGCCAUACUGAUUUUACGGGAUGUAUUUGAAGAGGACAAAAAGUAUUUCCAUGGAUCUCCAAAGUCUGAAUGGGAAGUGUGAGGCCAGCAGCUCCUGCAGCAAGCCAGGUUGUUGCCGGUGGCCUUCCUCCUAUGGCACUUCCACUCAGUCUUAAUCAAGUAUUAAUGGCCCCAUUAGAGUUAAUGGGUGUAAAGCUUGGGAAGGGGGUGAGAGUGCGGGGGCAGCCCCAGACGCAGGCUGUCCUGGGAGAAUCCGAGCUCCUCUGCCCCUCUUCCCAUCCAGAAUAAGUUGCUUUUUUUUUUUUUUUUGGAAGUUUUAAACUAAAUUUUAGGGUAUGUUUGAGGGUUGGGUUUUAUUCUUUUUAAGGCUGGAAGAAAUAAGGUUGGAAGAAAGAAAAAAAAGGGGUUUGACUUAUUUUUGUGGCAUUUCUUCACUCGCCACCUGAUUCAGUGCAGAGCUGAGCAACUUCAUCUUCCUUUGAUCCAAGCUGCUCUGCAGGAUGGGCACCGGCUUCUGCUGGAUGGCAGCAUCACGUUCCAGGUUGCAGCGAUGAAGGAUUCUGUCUCGGGUUUAACUUCCCUUUCCUUUUAGCUAUUUAUUUAUGUCUGAAUGCCUUGUGCUCCUUGUUUUCACACAAUCUCCGUUUUAAUUGUGUGAUGCAGAGCCCAGAGGGAGUUGGGGAUUUGGGCAGCUCUGUGCACGUGCAGCCGCUAUAGCCAUUGGUGCCAUUGGAGAAAUUCUGGCAGGCGGUGGAGCGAAUCUAACCAGCAAAGGGGCUCUGUGGUUGUUAUCUGAGCAUCACUUCCCUGUAAACCUGGUAAACUGGGCAUCCCCAGGAUCCCCUGAUGUCGGUGAAUUGAUGGACUGCGAGCUGCACACAUCCUGGUCCUGUGAACGCUUCGGAGCUGUGUUUAACUCACCCGCUGCGGAUGGUUUCAUUCAUGUCGAUGGAGGAGCCAGUAUGUGUUCACGGGUGAAAAUGGGCCGGCUGUUUGCGAUCCACCGAAGCUCGGCGGGUUUUUUGCUUUGGAUCUUGCUUUUUUAGCUUGCAGCGCUCCUCUUGGAGAGCUACUUGGAUAACACACAGGAGCAUUCCCUCCUCCCAGGAGGUGUGAGCGUGGCCAGCCCCGUCCUGGUGUUAGCAGCAACACUGCUGGAAGAACAGACCCCGACCUGGAUGGGAGCUGCAGCAGGAGCAGGGAUUUCCUUAAGAGAUGGAUUUUCCUCUUUGGGCUGGAAUUAGGAGCAUGACUCAGGCAUCCUCUGUGGUCUUAUCUUGUGAUCCCUGAAAGGAAAAGAGACUCAGGAGAGUGGUUUAUUUUUAAAAGCAGUUCAGUCUGAUUCACUGGAGAGGAAUGUGGGAAAUCAAGAGUUCUGAAAACACAUCUGAAUGAUGUACUGGGUAGAAAAUUCUUCCCCCCGGUGGACUUUGCUCUUGAUCUCUGGAGGCCAGGAUUUUCCCUGUGAGAAUGGGGUUAUCUUUGGCACUUGGGGAUGCAGCCUGAAAAGAUGUCAAGGGUUUCUGUUUGUUUUAAACCUUAGAGAUUCCCAAUUCUGCUUCGCUCUGAUCCCAGGCAAGCUGUUUCUUUUCCAACUCAUUCAAAGCUGUAGCAAAGCUGGUCUCUUUUCAAUGGGAUGGCAACGAUUUGAUUAACUGUAGGGAUUUUUCACCUUUUCCUGCUGCUUUCACCUUAAUUCCAGGAUUCCUGCAGAACAUGGGAGCCAUGAAUGUCCCCAGAGACCCUCAGCUCUUGAGAGCUCAUGCUUCUUGGGCUUCCCACCAUAUAUCCUUUGCCCCUCAUGGUCCACAGUUUCCUCCUCCCCAAAGCUCCCAUCUUUAUCUGCCAAAGUGCUGGGAAAGCAGUAAAUGAAGUCAAAACCUGGAGAAAAUGACGUUAUCUUGUGCAGUAUUGGAGCUGUGGGAUGGGGGGAGUCUGAAGGCGAUGUGGGAGACAACGCCAGAGGGAUUUACCCUGAGACUCUGCUGCAGCAGCUGCACCCUGGAGCAAUCCUGCAGUUGUCAUCACUUUUCCCUUCGUGGUUUUAAGUUGUUGUGGGUUACAAAAGCCCCUUCAUCCUUUCUGGAUGUGUGAAAAGGAGCACUCGGCGAGGUGGGCCAAGGCUGGGGGUUUUAUGGGAUGGAUUGCUGGACUUGCCAUUGGUCAGAGUCGAUGUGAGGCACGGUGAAAGCCAGACAGGAACACUAUUCAGCUCCAUCAUUGACACAGUUCCUUCUCCACUCAUCCAAAACCAAAGUGCAAUAUCCUAAACUUCUCCUGCGGAAGGUGGGAAUCACCGUCCCCUGCAGAAACAUAGGGAACGUCUCCUUUCAUCCCUACUACCACAAGGGGUGCGAGUCCCACGCCCCAUUCAGAGCUUUUUUGCCCCAUUUCAGUACCCUAUGCCAUACCCAAUAGGUGGGGGGCAGCUCUGCCGGCGCGAUGGAAGGCGAAGUGCCUGCUAGCGCAGCCAAAAUGCUCUAUAUCUACUGGAGAAGAGAAGGCUCUGAGGAGACCUUAUAGCAACUUUCCAGCACCUGAAGGGGCUACAAGAAAGCUGGGGAAGGGCUGUUCACAAAGGCUUGGAGUGACAGGACGAGGGGCAAUGGGGAUAAACUGGAGAGGGGCAGAUUUUAGCUAGACAGAAGGAAGAAUUUCUUCACUAAGGGAGCAGUGAGGCCCUGGAACAGAUUGCCCUGGGAGGUUGUGGCUGCCCCAUCCCUGGAGGGGUUCAAGGCCAGGUUGGAUGAGGCUUGGGCAUCUGAUCCAGUGGGAGGUGUCCCUGCCCAUGGCACGGGGUGGAACUGGAUAAUCUUUAAGGACCACAGAGAUGAUCUGAAGGCUGGAGGACCUCCUGUAUGAGAACAGGCUGAGAGUUGGAGUUGUUCAGCCUGGAGAAGAGAACGCUCCAGGAAGACCUUAGAACAGCUUCCAGGACUGAAAGGGGCUCCAGGAAAGCUGGGGAGGGGCUCUGGAUCAGGAAGGGCAGGAAUAGGACAAGAGGGAAUGGUUUGGAGCUGCAAGAGGGGAGAUUGAGAUGAGAUCUCAGGGAGAAAUGUUCUCCUGUGAGGGUGGGGAGGCCCUGGAACAGGUUGCCCAGGGAGGUUGUGGCUGCCCCAUCCCUGAAGGGUUUCCAGGCCAGGUUGGAUGGGGCUUGGAACCCCUGAUCCAGUGGGAGGUGUCCCUGCCAUGGGCAGUGUGGAACUGGAUAAUCUUUAAGGAACCUUCCAACUCAAACUAUUCUAUGAUUCUAUGAAAUGUUUUAUUUUAUAAAGUAUUUUUGCUUAUUCUUGACAAUUCUCCGGCGUCUUUCAGUAUUGGAUAAAUACGAGGUGCCAGGAAAAGGGACAGCCAAGCCCUUUGCUCUCGGGUAGCGACGUGGAGAUGAAAGAAAACCAAGUUUUUUUCCCAAGCGGCAGAGAUGGAAAUGAUGAAAAUUCCUUGGAAU